AGCUUUUUAAUAUUUUAUUUUUCCAUUUGACGAUACAUCAAUGAUCAACUAUCAAAUAAUACGUCGUAACGAGUGAUCGAAAGAUAUGGGACAUUAUUGCCACCUUUAACGAAAAUUUACAUUUGGCUCGAUAUGUUUUUUUCGAUUAUUAAAUGCAUGGAUUUUCUUAAAAUUUCUUAUUCUAUAAUAAAUAAAACAAAUAAAAUAUUUUAAGUAAAUUCGUGAAGUAUAUUUGUUAAAUAUUGAUUUUAUGGUUAUAUCGUUUAAUUAAAAUGUCAUUUAAAUUAAUAUAUAAAAUUAAUUUAAAUAGGAAAUAGAUACAUUUAUAUUGAUGUUUAAAAGAUGAAUAUUGCGAUUUUGAAAUAAGACAAGCACACGUGAUUUAUUUCUUAUCUGAUAUUAUACAUUUAACUGUAUCUCGUUGUUCAUUAUACACUAAUUUUAUUGUAAAAUAUAAUAAAAUAUGAUAAAAAAAAAAGCAGCCGGGGAGAGUUGCAAAACUGAUUGCCUCUUCCGUUUCUACGAACAUCAAUUGCCUCGAUUUCACGCUGCAACCGAUUCGAUCUAUCAUCUAAUACUUAUUAAACUUUGAGGUCAUACAAACUCAUCUCAGGCUGACCUUUUAUGCCACCUUUCGUGGCACCUUUCAUCUUAUUCGAUCACUUUUUUAACUUUCUCGCAUCUUAAAAAUUAUAAAAGAUUUAUUUUAUAAUCGUAACGUUGUAUCUAAAUAUUAUUAAUUUAAUAUAAAAUAAUUCCAAUUACUAUACCAAUAUUGUUACAUUUUUUUUUUUUUUACUUGAAUUUCUAUAUAUUUCACUUUAUCCAGGCGCAUUUUCCGUAAAGAUGUGUUUAUAUCAAUGUUUAAAAUAUUAUAUUAAAUAUUUCAUAUUGCAGUUUCUUUUGAGAAAUUAAAAUGAAUCAUUAUUAUAUAGUUGAUCGUUAAUUAUGUAAAAACCAAGUUUAAAAACUUGAAAAAUCUAAUCGAGUUGAAUAGUUGCGUACAUUAAAAUAUGCAUAAACACAAUACAGCUAUGGUCACCUACAACAUAGAAAAUGCACAUGCGAAAGUAGCCCAAAGAAAUUGAUUUUCUUUUACUAAUGACGCGAUUCUUUUUACUAAUAACCUAGUUUCUAGAAAUUCACUGUUAGGAAACAUGUAUUUUGCUCGACGAAACGUAGAAACGCGUUUGGUAAAAUGACAUAUUUCUAAGAAAAAAGAAUUUCAAAAAAAAGAAAAAAGAAAAACAACGUAUGAUAUUCUGCUUAAAUAAUAUGAUCGUAUUAUGGGGGUAUGGAUUCGUAAUUAGUGACGUUAAAUCGAAAAAUUCCAUUAUAAUCGACGAAUAUUUCAUUUCUCAACCUCCAUUGGGAUUAUGGAUUACCGCACAGUUAAUUUAAAUACAAUCGUUUGAUAUUUUGUAUUCGUCGAAUCCGUUAUGUUUUCUCGAAUAAAAAGAAAAAAAAAAAAAGAAGAAGAAACAAGUUUUACCAGCGCUAUUAGUUGUGGUAAAAUUUUUUAUAAACGGGACAAACGAUCGAUCGAGAUGAGAAAACUCUUCAAGCAUGAUCCGUGGAGUCACGUUUGCGGAAGAUUUAUUGAACGACCACGCAAAAUUUACGGAACUUCACCAAGUAGGCUGAGGAAGGAAUGAAAACCUUUCGAUUCUAUUUGUAAACUAUGAUACAUGAAGAAGUUAUCGGCGAUACUGCGAAAGAUGCCGUGCACUUUCGCUCCAUUUAAAAGUUAAUGUGAUUAUACGCGAAAGAUAUAAUCAGAUAUACGAGCAAGGAAAUUACGUAUGAUAAUUCGUGUGAUCUCAUGUGUCACCUACUUUCACGCUGCUCCUCUGCAUUCCUAUCGAUCGCAUUUGCGCGGAAAUCAAGUAUACGUUCGUAUAUUUGAUGAAGAAAAUUAAAAUUAAAUUUCAACAUCGAUUUUUAUUUUUCGUAAUUUACUAAUAUGUUAAAAAAAUUAACGAAAGUUGAUGUAUAAUGACGUAUAAUUUAAUCUUGUUUACGAGGAAUCGAUUUUUUUUUACUACGUGCGCAAUCGAUAUAAAAAGAAAAAAGGUUGAUUCUCGCUAUAUCAUUUCUUUUUUCAAAAGCAGAAGAAAAGAAGGGACGUUUUUGUAAGAUAUGAUCAAUGUUGUCCGCAGGAAGAGUCUUGUAUGGCUUUCUUUCCUCCUUCCAUAUAUUAUUGCGUUGUAAAAAAUAAUUUUGUGCGAUGACACCUGGUGGAAACGUCGUACAAGUGAAAUUUUUUACACCUAGCUUCUUUUUCCUCUAAGUUAUUGUAGGAAGGAAGAAUUUAAGAAAAAAAAAAAAAUAUAAAAAAUCAUCAAAUGUGGUAUAUACUUUAAAAUAAAUUUAUCUCGUUUUCUAAGAUGUCACAAUAUAUAUUAUUGGAUAUUCACGUUUUAUUGAAAUGUGUGUGUAACCAAUAAAGAUAAUAUUGUAUGUUGCGGUGGACAUUUAGCGUUUAUGCAAUCGAAUUUUAUCUUCGAUCUAACGCAUUGAUUAUUUAAUACCAUAAUAUAUUUAAUGAUGCUGUUAAUGAUACCUUAAUCAAUUUAUAUUAUAAUAUAUUAAUAGAAGAGAAAUAUAUAUAUAAAUAUAUAUAUAAAUAAAAUGCAAGUUUCUUUCAUUUUUUUUAUGAAUCAAUAAAUUUUUAUAUCUUUUACAAAGACGAAUUACAAUAUUUUUCAAUAAUAUGUUUCGUAUAUAAUGAUAAUACAACAAUAAAAGACAAAAAUAGAUCCCCUAUUAAUUCGAAUAUUAGAAUAUUCUAUGACAAAGUUAAGUUUUUAACAAUCUAGCAAAAAUCGAACAUUUAAAGACAACUUGUAUAUUUUACAAAAUCGAUCAAAAUUUGCCGUACAACUUUAGACGAGAAAGUGACGUUAUUUUAAAUGAGAUUAAAUUGCAGAUCGUAUAUGCUAUAUAAUAUGAAUUAUAAAACUCUUUCAAAAAGUAAAAAAGAGAAAGAGAAUGUGUGUUGAAUAAGCAAUAUCUUAACAUAUAUUUUGCAAAGAAUUAUAAAUAUAUGCAUAGUUAAUUUUGUCUAAUGAUAUUUAAUAACCACCGAUGAUAUAUAUUUUUUUCAUUAAUUAUGAAACAUUUUAGAUAAUUUAUAUAUAAAUUAGAGAAAUUUAUAUAUCAAUUAGAGAAUUAUAAAGAAUGCAUAGAUUUCUAUUUGUUUAUUUACUUUCGAGUUAAUUACAGAAUAAUUACGGAAUAAUUAAAUACAAAUAGUUAGUAAUUAAAUAUUCUAGCUAUUAGAAUAUAUUUUAAUUCGUGAAAAUAAAAGUUUAGUUUAGAUUUCGAUUUAAGGAAAAAUAUUAAUGUCAAAAUCGAAGAAACAAUUAAUGGAAACGGUAUGGAGGCAGAAGCGUGUGUCGGUGUAAACGAAGAGCACUAUAAAUUGUCGAUACUGGUCGCGUCGAUAGCGCGAGCACACAGACACAUUAAUACAUGCACGUAAUCCCUGUCUCUUUCCUCUCGUCCGUCGAAGCAUCGCAUUGUCGGCGCAGACGCCGUGGCAACGCUUAUUGAUCGUGGCUCUGUGGUGCUCGGUGUCCCUGCACGCGUCAUGCGUCGUCGUCUUUCGCGACGUAGCGACGGUGCCGGGCAGUAAGUUUUACUCGUGUUCCGUCUCGUCCAGUUCGAGGUAGGCGAAAAAAAACGGUGCCAGUGACAGCAGACGUGUGUAUUUUCGGUUUGGUAGUGCGCGUAGUUGGUUCGAUGGGUUUAUAGAUCGCAACGAUUAGCAAGAUGCGAUCGAGAAACGCGGCGAUUCUAACGUGAAUUGUAACUGCCGCCUGGUCCAGCCGCUGGAAAACGGGAUUGCUUGUUCCCUGUCGGCGAAAACGUAUCGAGAAUCGGAAAGUCUCCGCCGUUGGCAGGUGAUUCUCGAACGAUAUCGCGAUCGUCCUUUCUACGUCGAGUGAAAGUGAUCGGCGGUGAAGCGUUUUCGAGGAGUUGGCCGGAUGCUUGGCCGACAGGUGCGUUCGUAGAGGCUCGCUCGGUGUACCGAGCAACCGAUACUCUAUAACGAUUGGUUCGAACGCAAGCUUCAACCGCAGCUCGACCAAUCGCGUACGCGUACGGACUAGGCGGCUUUUCCGCGAUUCCGGCGCCGAUCGAUUUCGUUACGGCGAGCCGUGAGCCGCUCGUGAAACUUGAGGACGACGUCUCUAACAAGGAAACAUGAGUCUGCUGUCUUCUUCCAUCGGCAACGUUCGCUGCCUCGCGGACGAGGAGGCCGAUCACAAUAUGCUUCAGGAUUUACAAUUAGCGGCUGAACUUGGAAAAACGCUUUUGGAACGGAACAAGGAGUUAGAAAACAUUAUCAAAGCGCAUCAAUCGACCGUCGAGGAACAAGCACAAGAAAUAGAGUAUAUGAAAAAACAAACCGCUGCCCUUAGAGAAGUAAACGAUUCGCGACUGAAAAUUUACGAGCAACUCGAAGUCAGUAUUCAAGAUUUGGAACGUGCAAAUCAUCGCCUAGUAAUUGAGAACACCAGCGACAAAAAAUUGAUCAAGAGUCAAUGUUUAACGAUCGAGAGUCUAGAAGCGAGGUGCGAGGAACUUCAGAAGAAAAUCGACGAGAUAAACGAACAACACGAAAGUCUGCUCCGGCAACAAUCUACGAGUCAAUCGACAAACAAUAUCACACAAACACACACCAUUCAUUGGAAAGUAUCGGUCACGCAGGGUAGCAGCACACAACAGAACGCUGCUCCGUCGGGUCAGAAAUCUUUCCAAGAGGUAAAUGCAGAUUCGAACGUGCGACAAUUACCGACAGUUCCAACGAACGACGAGGAAGUUACCGAAUUGUUGAGACAACUGCAAGAAGCGCGAAGUCAGAGGGCAAGAGAACAACAAAAAGUUACCGAGCUUCGGCAACAAUUGGCAACUUUAUUGCAAGAAAAUAACGCGUUGGAAGAACAGUUGAACGUUUGGCGCAAUAAAGCACAGGACGUAAAAAAUCUUCAAGAGGAAAUAAAUACCCUCGAAGAAGUAAGGCGGGGUCAAUUAUGCGGGCGAUGUUUACGCGGAUUGGACUCUAAGACGCACGACGAACUCUCUGUAAUGUUGAAUCAAGAGGAAUACGAUGAUAUUAGCAUGGCCGAAUCGCUCAUAAACGAUAGUCAACGUGACACUGAGUCUCUCACUCAGGAAUCGAACGAUCAAAACGAAGUGUCAAACGACAUGAAGAACCCUUAUAGAGUGCUAGUGGAGAAAUAUCAAGCCUUGUUAGAAGUUCAAAGACGAUCCGCGCUUCGGCGGAAAGAUAGCGUGCCGACGCCUAUGUCGUUGCAAGAAGAAUUAGAGAUGUCGGGCGAAUUUAACAGCUUUCAGAAUCCGACGUUGGAAACGGAGAUCCAACAAGAGCCGGCGAAAUCGAUCGUUGGAAACGCGACACGUGCCAAAACAGAGAUGUGCGGUAAAAAAGUGUUUUCCGCCACUCCCACAGAUUUUUCCGAAGCCGAGACUUCGUCUUCCGGUUUUUUGGACGAGACGAGUAACAAAGCGACACAAACCGAAGGAAGGCCCGGCUCGUUUCUUUUCUCUUUUGCGGACGGCGAGGAUUGCAAGUUCAGCAUUUACGACGACAAUAGCCCGUUCGAGAGUAGAUUCCGGAAAACGCCGGAAUAUAGACAAUUAUUCAGUGAAAUAUUCCGAGUCUUGAAACGAGCGGCAGAAGCUAAGGACGAAGGUGAAAAAUUACCUUUAUUGGACGAUUCUACGAGUACGAUCAAUUCUCAGCAACAAUCUGUGCUCCAAGAAGAUGUUCCUAGCGAAACUACUGACGAUAAUCAAAGCGUUUCCUCUUCUAUUUUCUCAUCCGCCGUAUCCGAACCACCAUAUAUAGUACAAAUCUCAUCGAAUGGAAUAAACGAGCAACAAAACGGUGAAGUGACACUGGCGAAGAACGGAAAGAAUAUAAUUCGAAACGUGAAUCGGUCGGAUUAUUUAAUGCUUAACAGUAAAAAGAAAUCGAAAAAACAUUCUUCCGCUAGUAAAAAGUUAACGUAUAACGACAGACCAACGACACCUGAUGUGAUUCCAACGACAAAUCCCAAGUUCGUUCCAUCGAAAUCGAACAGCGGGGGAAAGAAAAAAUUCAGACCUUUCACAAUCGCCGAUCAAAAUGGCAGCACGUGCAACGGAUACAGCUAUCCGAGCAAAACGAAAGAGUCACCUCCUAAUUCAGCCGCAAAAUCUUCGAAUAACGUAGGUAACAACAACGUAGGUCAACACAACAACAGUUUCGAGUAUAGAGACUAUAAACCGAGCACAGCGUCGGUAGAAGUAGCACGACUAAAACGUUUAGAAAUGUCUUAUGCGGAAGUUCUUCGAUUGCCAAAUAAAUCUAAAAUGAACAAUCAUCGUAGAAGCUAAAAUCUUCUUACUAUACUACGAUACCUUGAAGGAGGAAAAAAAGGAGACUUUUAUACGUAAGAUAUAGUCAAGUGAAAGAUUAAGUUCAAAAUUUGUUAAGUUUAACCUCGUAAAACGAAUACUUAGGACGGAAUUAAAUUAAAUUAUUUCACACAAGUAAGAUUCACAGUAUUGAUAAUCAGUGCUAACGGAACAAAUUUUGUGAAUAUUUAAGAGGAGCGAUUGCGUGUAAUGUCACUAGAUACUAAAUUAUUUGAAAUUAAUUUUUUUAUUGUAUUUUGUAUAUCUUAAUUGUAUAGGUUUUUUCAUGUGAAUGUGCGUGGGCAACAAAGGUUAACACAACGUUAAUAUACAUAUAUUAUUAAUAGCAUCUACCGGAGAUUUAUGAACGGUAUAAAUCGAGUCGUGCCUCGCGAGUUUGUUUUUCUUUAGAAAUUGUAGUUGUGAUCAGAAAUAAAAUUAUUUAUGUGCCAUUUA